AUGGCCACAGUUUCAGGAGCGGCACUAGUUCGGAAGACUCUCUUGGGUGCCCGGAGUCGUUGUAUAUAUAGAGCCCGCCAGCCCGCAAUCCAGAAGCGUUUCCAAACCACCCAAUCUACACCGCAUACCACACCUACGAUCGAGACUCUCUCAAACCCGACACUCCCUCCUCCUCGCUCCCGAACCUCCCGCGUCCUCGGUGCAACCGCUCUUUUCAUAGUCGCAACAGCCGCCGGUCUAGCAAUGUCUGUGGCUCCCGCCAUCGAGACGGCCAAUGGCUUCCUCCAGCCUCCCACCAAUGCCGAGACUCUCUCCUUGUUCGUGCCUGCCAGCGCAGAGGCCGAGGAAAUCAACAAGCGCAUCAUCUCAAACCCUCUCUCCGAGUCUCUGCGCGCAGACCCGGAAUGGAUCGAGUCCAGGCCGCACAUGAAGAUCCCCGAAAACAUGAGAUCGCACAACUUGACAGCGGGCACAUUGCAAGGAGACGACAAAAUCGCGUCCCCACCGCUCACCUUUGCCAAAACGAAGGCUGAGUUGCCUGCCAUCGUUCAAAUUGCUCACCUUGGUGAGAAGUUGUGCGGUCACCCUACCAUCAUCCACGGAGGUCUUCUCGCAACUCUUCUGGACGAAGGUCUGGCUCGUGCCUGUUUCCCUGCUCUUCCCAAUAAGGUCGGUGUUACCGCAAGUUUGAACAUUACCUACAAGAAGCCUUGCCCGGCAAACAGCUUCGUUGUUCUCAGAGCCGAGACAACAAAGGUCGAUGGCAGAAAGGCCUGGGUCAAGGGUUGGAUCGAGCUCUUGGGCGAGGGCGUCGAAGAGGGCGAGCAUUUGGUCGAGGCCGAGGCUCUGUUCAUCGAGCCCAGAGGUGCAAAGAACAUGGCCAGACUGUACUCGAGCGAUGACUAA